AAAGCCAAUCAAUUCGGUCGGAGAAGGGGAUAGCCGGGAGGUGGGGAAAGGCAAGAAGAGAAGAGACGUGGCCACCGAACGCGAGCGAGCGAAGCAGUAGAAGAGAAAGCAGCCCACCCCCAAAGGCGAAUAGAGCAGCUCAACGGAGCCCGUACGGUUCGCCGCCGCCGGCCUCCUCCUCCUCGGCUGCGAUCCGAAGGGCUUCCAUGGAGGAUGCCCCUGACCAGAGCGGCCUGCCGGUUGGGGAGUGCGAAUGGAGGGAGGAGCUGAGGCAGCAGCAGUCCCAGGUCGAGGCGCUGCGCGAAAGGCUUGUGGAGGUGAAGGUUGGGAUGAGGCGCUCCGAGGACGAUUCCGGCCGGGAGCUUGACCACCUGUGCCGCAGGGUGAAGACCAUCGCCACCCUGCUGGCUUACCUCAAAUCCAAGGCGCGGAUCAUGGCGAUACCACACCUCGCGCACACGUCGUGCGGGAUUAGGAACCAGGACGGCGUGGGGUUCGUCGACCGGCAUGGGGUGCCGCUGGCUGACUGGUCCAAGGUUGCUGAGUCUGCUUCCUGUGGUGGAGGUUUGGAUGACAGAUCGGUGGUAGAGGGUAGCGGCGCUCCCAAGCAUGGUGAUGCAAAUGAGGGGGAUGGAGAUGUCGAUGACAUUCUGAAGUCCAUCCGUGUGGUGACCGACGUCAUGGAGUCUCUUGUGAAGAGAGUGAUUAUGGCUGAAUCUGAAACUGCUAAUGAGAAGGAAAAGGUGAGAAUUGGGUUGGAAGAGAUCAGGAGGAAGACCAUACAGGUUGAGUCCAUGUCGGUGAAAGUCGAGGAGAUGGAGAAAUUUGCAGUGGGUACAAACGGUAUGCUGAAUGAGAUGAGGCAGCGGGUUGAAGAUAUGGUGUUGGAGACCACUCGACAGAGGCAGCGUGCUGCUGAAAAUGAGCAGGAGCUUAGUCGUGUGAAGAACGACUUUGAGUCUCUCAGAACUUAUGUCAGCACACUUGUUAGUGUCAGAGAAACUCUUCUUUCGUCGGAGAAGCAAUUCGAAACAAUGGAGAAGCUUUUUGACAGACUAGUCGCGAGGACUAACCAGCUGGAGACUGAGAAAGCACAAAAAGAGGCUGAAGUCCAGAAGGUGAUGGAGGAAAAUGUGAGGCUACGGGCCAUGGUUGAUAAGAAGGACGCGCAGCUCCAGGCGAUGAGUGAGCAGUGCAAGUUCAUGGCACUGAACCAUCCAAACUAGGGGGAGUUACACCGGAGGAACCUGCACUUGUCCAACUGAUGUCACUUACAAAUUACAGUUACGUCGCCGUGAUAGCGAAAAGCAAAAUCCCCGGACAUUGCAAAGUAUCCGAUGAUGUUCUCAAGUUCCAGGGUCUGUGGUUCGUGGUUCGAAACACAGUUGUUUACUUUAGGUGUUUGGUGUGUUGAAAUUGCAACCCUGACAUCUUGUAUCCCGAAGCGUGUGUAAUAUCUGGGCGCAUUUGCCCAGGUUCGUAAAUCCAUUGAAUUGUAUAAGUAUAACCAUAGUUUCAUUGGUCUGCCUGAACUCCUAUUCGGCUGCCGUUUCACUGUGGCGCUGGUAAAAUUUCAUGACUGAAAUGUUGGCUUAUAGUAGUAGUAGUACACAUUUCUAUCCAGUUCCGUAAAUCCGUUG